AUGAGCGCGUCCCGAGUAGGCCGGGCCGCGCUGAAGGCCAAAGUGCCUGUUACCGGUCCUAAAAGGACCGGCAGUAAGAUUCCGGUCGAUGGUCCUGGCAAGAAGCCGUCAGCAGCAUCGCCGCUGCCAAAGCGGGCUAAUCCACAUCUCCUGAAUCUUCAAGAGGCACAACCCCGCAUGUCUCCAAAAGUAAUGACCAUUCUAGGGGUCGGUGUCCUCGGCAUGAGCACAUACUGUGGGUAUCUAUACGCCUCCUACAGACGAGAAGUGACCCAUGCGCAGUCUAUGGACGUGCCCAGGGAUGUAUCUGAUCGAUACAACCAGACAGCUAGGACCUUCGACGCUGAUGUCGAAAUGUCCGAGAAGCUGAUGCGGAUGGGGAAGAAGCGGCGAGAUCUUGUCCAGAAGGCCCGUGGAAAUGUGCUCGAGGUGAGCUGUGGCACGGGUCGAAAUCUGGAAUAUUACGAACUUGGACAGCAGAGAAAGCCUAAUGAGAGAGGGCAAGUAGAGCUUCAGGGAUGCCGCUCCGUUACGUUUGUCGAUCUCAGCCCGCAGAUGGUAGAGAUCGCGCGAGGCAAGUUCCAGAAGUUGCAUCCCGGGUUCAAGGAUGUCAACUUCCGGGCACAGGAUGUGAAGGACGUUGCUCCUCCUCCGACUGGGGAUAAGCGGGCUUAUUUUGAUACGAUCGUACAGACCAUGGGAUUGUGUUCGAUGCCAGACCCUGUUGGCGCCCUUCGCCACCUGGGGUCCAUCACCGAGCCGGAAAAGGGACGGAUUCUGCUUUUAGAGCACGGCCGGUCGCACUAUGACUGGCUGAAUCGCAUCCUUGACAAUCUCGCACCCGCCCAUGCGGACCGCCAUGGGUGUUGGUGGAACAGGGAUAUUGGAGCGAUUGUCCGGGAGAGUGGUCUGGAGGUUGUUGAGGAGAAACGGUGGCAUUUCGGAACUACAUGGAAAUAUGUGCUGAAACCAGCACGUGGUAAUUAA